CGUUAGCGAGGCAGAGGAAGUCGUCAUCUCCCAGCGGUGAUUGGCAAACGAUCGUCCAAUAGUGGAGGACGCGAGGAAGGCUCGGCGGGACCGCUUGUUCGUGAGCUGACGCGGCCUGCACAGGAUCGCCUCAGUUUUGCAGUUGUCAUGGCGGUCCCAGAAUCCCGGUCCAACCACACCAUCUACAUCAAUAAUCUCAAUGAGAAAAUCAAGAAAGAUGAGCUCAAGAAGUCUCUGUACGCCAUUUUCUCCCAGUUUGGGCAGAUCCUCGACAUUCUGGUGUCCCGCAACCUGAAAAUGAGAGGCCAGGCCUUUGUCAUUUUCAAAGAGAUUUGCAGUUCCACUAAUGCCUUACGCUCCAUGCAGGGGUUCCCUUUUUAUGACAAGCCCAUGAGGAUCCAGUAUGCCAAGGCAGAUUCUGACAUCAUAGCAAAGAUGAAGGGCACUUUUGUGGAGCGGGACCGCAAGAGAGAGAAGCGAAAGCCCAAAGGCCAGGAGGCGCAAGCAGUUAAGAAGCAGAUGCCAGGAGCAGCUGCCCCAGUUGCCCCCUCUGUCCAGGGCACCGUGCCAGGCAUGCCCCCCAUGAACCAGGGCCCCUGUGUGAUGCAUCACAUGCCAGGGCAGCCCCCUUACAUGCCACCUCCAGGCAUGAUGCCACCACCUGGCAUGGCACCGGGCUCCAUCCCUCCAGGGGCGAUGCCACCACAACAGAUGCUGCCAGGACAGAUGGCCACAGCGCAGCAGCUGUCCGAGAAUCCGCCUAACCACAUCCUGUUCCUCACCAACCUUCCCGAGGAGACGAAUGAGUUGAUGCUGUCCAUGCUUUUCAAUCAGUUCCCUGGCUUCAAGGAGGUGAGGUUGGUGCCCGGGCGCCAUGACAUUGCCUUCGUUGAAUUCGACAAUGAGGUGCAGGCUGGUGCCGCCCGUGAUGCCCUCCAAGGGUUCAAGAUCACCCAGAACAAUGCUAUGAAGAUCUCCUUUGCCAAGAAGUGAGGCCCCGUCCUGAAGUGGGGGCAUUUCCUGAACUGUUGGCCUUUUUUUCUAGUUUUUGCCUGUAAAAUUGUUUAUGUUUCUCUAAUGUUGUCUCCUGUGCAGGUAAGUGUGUGUGUGCGUGCGUGCGUGUGUGUGUGGAUGAGUGAAACAAGUUGCGAUUGCACGAAAGGCCGGCGGAGCUGUCUGCCCUUUGGAUGUGUGGAGUCUGAAAGAAAGCAGCCGAGUCCUGGCAAAAGCUUUGUACCCAGAGUCUGACGGCCAGACAUCGCACCUGGAGCUUUUCCUUUGGGCAAUAAAUGUGUUUCUUUGUUCUUU